AUGGGAAAUAACAGCAUAGUGAUGACUGAAUUCAUCCUCCUGGGGUUCCCCAUGUCUCACCAGAUGUCAGUUUUCUCCUUCUUGCUGCUUUUGGUUAUCUACGCAUUAUCGCUGCUGGGGAACUUGCUGAUCGUCAUUGCAGUCAUUGUAGUCGAGAUAGAUCAUUGCCUACACACCUCUAUGUUCUUCUUCUUCUUCAAUUUGUCCCUCCUGGAGAUUGUGUUCCCAGCAUCUCUGAUCCCAGUCAUGCUGGUGAACCUCCUGUCACACACUAAAGCUAUUUCUUUCUCUACUUGCAUUAUCCAGUGUUUCUUCUAUUUCUUCCUUGGGGUUGCAGAGUUCAUUCUCUUAGCUGUCAUGUCCUUUGAAUGCUAUGUGGCCAUCUGCAACCCAUUGCGCUACUCCUCCAUCAUGAACAGCAAGGUGUGUAUCCAAUUAAUGAGUGUGUCUUGGAUGGGUGGCUUUAUUAUCAUGAGUGGGCCAGUAAUGGCCAUCUCCAGGUUGCCAUUUUGUGGGUCAAAUGUCAAUAACCAUUUUUUCUGUGAUAUUGAGCCUCUCCUGAGUCUAUCUUGCACCCACUCCCAACUCAUUGAGCUUGUAGACUUUGUGAUAGCCAUAGUUGUGUUACUGGACUCGCUGACACUCACAACAGUGUCCUACACUUUCAUCAUCUCCACCAUCCUGAAGAUCCCAUCAGCAUCAGGAAGAUGCAAGGCCUUCUGCACUUCUACUAUACUAAUACUGUGUGUACCUCAGUUUCCCAGUGUACUGAAACAAUACUUCGGUGGUGGGAAUUGGCUGUGUGAUUUUUGCUGA